CCCCUCCCAGGACCCGUUCCCGCCGCCAUUUCCCCGCUCUCACCAUGGCCCUCUCGAUUUUGUUGUCGAUGGCGGUGACGCCGCUCCCGGCGCUGGGGACAGGGCCGGGGUCACACGGACGGACGGACGGACGGACACCGCCCCUCCCCCCCUUUUCCCUUCCCCUUUCUCGGCAGGGGGGCGGGGGCUGAAGGCCCCGCCCCCAGCCAUGAGCGCCCCCCCGCGGUCGGAGCUGGCGGCCGCCGCCGCCGCCCUGCUGCGCCUGGGCGAGGAGCGCCCCCCCGCGGCCGCCAUGAGCCUGCUGCAGCGCAAGGGCCGCGCCGAGUGGCGCCCCCGCGAGGAGGAGCCGCGCAAGGGGGUCCCCAAGGCGCGGGAGGGGGGGUCCCUGCGGCGCCCGCUGCGGGUGGGCUUCCUGACGCUGCCGGCGCCGCAGGAGCGCGGCCCCCGGCCCUGCGCCCCCGGCAUGGCCCCCCGCUCCCUGUCCUGCCACGCCGUGGGGCUCCCCGACUCGGGGGGGCCCCUGCGCCCCCCCGCCCCCCAAGGCCCCGCCCCCAGCCAUGAGCGCCCCCCCGCGGUCGGAGCUGGCGGCCGCCGCCGCCGCCCUGCUGCGCCUGGGCGAGGAGCGCCCCCCCGCGGCCGCCAUGAGCCUGCUGCAGCGCAAGGGCCGCGCCGAGUGGCGCCCCCGCGAGGAGGAGCCGCGCAAGGGGGUCCCCAAGGCGCGGGAGGGGGGGUCCCUGCGGCGCCCGCUGCGGGUGGGCUUCCUGACGCUGCCGGCGCCGCAGGAGCGCGGCCCCCGGCCCUGCGCCCCCGGCAUGGCCCCCCGCUCCCUGUCCUGCCACGCCGUGGGGCUCCCCGACUCGGGGGGGCCCCUGCGCCCCCCCGC